AUGAGAUAUCACAGAGAACUUCGACCAUCUCACCAGUUGCUUCAAAUAAAGUCAUAUUCAGCACUAGCAGCUAGUAAGCUUGAACGACUUGAAUCUGAUGUAUUUCAAGCUGGCGAUUAUAAAUGGAAGAUGAUUGUGUAUCUUGUCGGAAAUAGUGAAGUCAACAAGGAUAGGCAUAUCUCACUAAAAAUGAUAAAUGCUCAGAAUCGGUUGAAACGUUUUUAUUCAGCGAGGACUGAAUGGGGUUUUAGUGAAUUGCUUUCGAUGGAUGCAUUUAAAGAUACUAGUAAUGGGUAUCUUGUUAAUGAUUGUUGUACAUUUGGAGCCGAGGUCUUCGUAGCUCAAUGUUCUGAGAAAAGGGAAUGUGUUUCCACUGUUCUAAAGCCUCCAGCAUUUGGCACAUUCACAUGGAAGUUAGACAAUUUUUCACAAAUCAAGACUGAUUUUUGUUAUUCUGAAUCUUUUACUUCUGGAGGAACAAGAUGGCAAUUGAAAGUUUAUCCAAGAGGUGAUAAGAGUGGCAGACAUGGUUUUCUAUCCAUUUUUCUGUUUCUUGAUGAAAGUCAAUUAUCGAGGAAGUGGUAUGCUGAGUCCACAUUACGCGUUAAGAAUCAACUGUCUAUAUUAAGAAAUAGGGUGGUGAAUGGUGCCAAGUGGUUCAGUGACUGUUACACUUACUGGGGAUCAAUUGAAUUCAUGCCGUUGCAGGAACUUAAAGAUGCAACAAAGGGUUACUGUGUGAAUGAUACUGUCAUUAUCGAAUGCCAGAUUUGUUACGUGAUCGAAGCUUAA